AUGGAGAAGUCACUUGAGUUGGGCAACAUGACCAGGGUCCAGCAGUUCAUCUUGUUGGGCUUGUCCACUCGACUGGGGAUAAGGGACGCCCUGUUUGCUGUCUUCCUGACUCUCUACCUGCUGACGCUUCUGGAGAACACGCUUAUCAUCUACCUCAUAUACAGUCACAGCGAGCUCCGCAAGCCCAUGUACUUCUUCCUGGGCAACCUCAGCUGCCUGGAGAUGUGCUACGUGUCAGUCACCAUGCCUACCCUGCUUGUGGGGCUGUGGAUGGGGCCUUACAAUGUUCCAUUCACAGGUUGCAUGACCCAACUUUUCUUCUUCAUCUCUCUCAUCUGCACAGAGUGCACCCUCCUGGCCUCCAUGGCUUAUGACCGCUACGUGGCCAUCUGUCACCCACUGCGCUACCCAGUGCUCAUGCGGCCCCAGGUCUGCCUGGGCUUAGCUUUGUCUUCCUGGCUGGGUGGACUGGUGGUCUCUGUCAUCAAAACAGCAUGCAUUGCAAGCUUGUCCUAUUGUGGCCCCAAUGCCCUCAACCAUUUCUUCUGUGACGUCUCCCCUCUGCUCAACCUGUCUUGCGCCCAUGUGGCCCUCACAGAGCUGGUGGACUUCAUCUCGGCCAUUGUCAUCCUCUGGGGUUCCCUCCUAGUGGCCAUAGCCUCCUAUGUGGCUAUCGGUAGGGCAGUUCUGCGCAUGCCUUCAGCUGCAGCCCGCCACAAAGCCUUCUCCACCUGUGCCUCCCACCUGGUGGUGGUCGGCAUCUUCUAUUCAGCCACUAUAUUCAUCUAUGCCCGUCCCAGCCGCAUAGAAGCCAUGGACCUCAACAAGGUGCUGUCCGUCAUCUACACAGUGGUCACUCCCAUGUGCAACCCCAUCAUCUACUGCCUGCGGAACAGGGAGGUCCAAGCAGCUUUCCAUAGAACCCUGCACUUGUCCUGA